AUGGGCACGGGCGCCAACGUCGACGUCAUUGUGCCGCACACCAUCAACUCAUACAGCGAUGGCGGCGACGCAGAAGCAGGUGGCGGCAUUCCCAUGUGCACGCUGCGCAACUUCCCGCACCUCAUCGACUACUGUAUCGAGUGGGCGCGGGCCAAGUUCACGGACCUGUUUGUGAGCCCUGCGUCGCAGCUGCAGCAGUUCCUGGAGGACCCUGAGGGGUUCAUCUCGGGGCUGGAGACGAAGAUUGAGCAGCACGUGGGUGGCGAGCGGAUUGGCGCCCUCGAACGCGGCGUGGACAUGCUCAAGGCCAUCAAGGACCUCGCCGCACAGCUGCAAGAGAAGCCGACGAUGGAGACCACCACCCACACCGCAACUGAUCGUUUGCUCACCUCGCCCGUCGUGUGUGCUGCCCAUAAAGCCUACAAGAUCUUCCCCGAGGUGCUCGAGUUUGAUCCGCAGAAUCCGCUGCACAAGGCGUUUCUGAUUGCCGUCACCAACCUCUACGCAUGCGUCUUCAAGGUACACCCGACCAAGUACCCAAGCGAGGAGAACAAGCUCCACACCAAGCGGUGA